UCUGCCUGUUCACAAUUAACCCACAAGUUUAUCUCCAGUGAACUGAAACACUCAGCAAAAUUCAAUCUUUUUCAUCAAGGGAAACAGCUGCAUGGCCAUAUUAUAAAACUGGGAUAUCAGAAUAUGCUGCCAUUACAAAAUCUGCUCUUAAAUUUUUAUCUCAAUUGCAAAUGUGUAUCCAAUGCUCAUCAGCUGUUCGGUGAAAUGAUUGUUAGAAACAUAAUCACCUGGAAUACAAUGAUAUGUGGCAUUGCAACCGAGUUUAGCUAUUUCAAAUCAAAUUUUGAUCUAGGUAUUUGUUACUUUGGCAGAAUGUUGACGGGAGAAGUCAGACCAGAUUGGAUUACGUUUAGGGGUCUAUUUCGUUUGUGUGUAGAUACUAAUAACGUUGAGACGAGUCAAGUGUUGCAUUGCUUUGUAAUGAAGUUGGGCCUGUGUGAUGAUCUUUUUUUAAGUAGUGCUCUUGUAGAUAUGUAUGGAAAACUUAGGCUUGUUGAAGAGGCUAGGCAUGUUUUCAUUUUUAUUAAACAGAAAGACUUGGUGCUUUGGAAUACGUUAGUUUCCUGCUAUGUACUUAAUUCUUUUGAGGAUGAGGCACUGAGACUGUACAAAGUAAUGAGGUCUGAGGGGUUAACAGGUGACGAGUUUACAUUCACAAGUUUGCUUAAUUCUUGCGCUAGUUUUGGAAAUUGUCAAUUGGGCAGGGGCAUCCAUGGGACUCUAGUUAAACUUAGCUUUGAUUUGGAUGUUCUGGUGGCUAGUUCACUUGUUGAUAUGUAUGCAAAGAAUGAAAGUUUAGUUGAUGCUCGAAAGGUUUUUGAUAUGAUGAUCUCAAAAAAUGUGGUUUCUUGGAACACUAUGAUUGUUGGUUAUGGACAAUAUGGUGAUGGGGUUCAGGCUAUGAAACUUGUUAACAAAAUGUUUCAGGAAGAUUUCCAUCCGGAUGAGCUGACUUUGGCUAGCGUCUUCAUUUCAUGUGGUAUAUUAGCCAUGGUUGGUGAAAUCACACAAGUUCAUGCAUAUACUGUAAAGAAUGGUUUGUCAUCUUUAACAUCAAUUGCUAAUGCAAUGAUUAGUGGAUACUCCAAGUGUGGUAGCAUUGUUUCUGCCUUGCAAGCUUUUAGGUCAAUUUUAGAGCCUGACCUUGUCUCAUGGACAUCUAUGAUUGGAGCCUAUGGAUUCCAUGGUUUUCCACACGAAGCUACUGAACUUUUUAAGAGGAUGUUAUCUAAUGGUGUGAAGCCAGAUCGAAUUGCAUUUCUUGAGGUUCUGUCCUCCUGUGGCCAUGGUGGAUUGGUCAAUGAGGGGUUACAGUACUUCGCUCUGAUGACUGAUGUCUAUAAACUAGUUCCAGAUCCAGAGCAUUAUGCUUGUCUUGUUGAUCUUCUUGGAAGAGUUGGGCUUUUGAAGGAGGCUUUUGAUGUUUUGACCUCAAUACCAGUGGAACAUUGUUCGGAUGCUAUGGGGGCCUUCCUUGGUGCUUGUAAGGUACAUGGGAACCUAGGAUUAGCAGAAUGGGCAGCUGAAAAGCUGUUUACUUUGGAGCCAAAAAGGGCUGUAAAUUAUACUCUCUUGUCAAACAUGUAUGCUUCAAAUGGAGCCUGGUCUGAUGUAGCCACAAUUCGUAGAUUGAUGAGGGAGAUGUGUUAUCCUAAAGCUCCUGGUUGUAGCUGGAUGGAGAUUGGCGGGAAGGUAUAUUCAUUUGUCUCAGGUGACAAGUCCCACCCGCAUGCUAGAAUGGUUUAUUCCAUAUUGGGACAUCUUUAUGAGCUAAUGAAAGUAGAAGUGAAAGAAUCCACAGAGAUCUUCAAUUCGUUGUUCUUAAAUUGAAGCAUUCUGCUGAUUUUGUGCCAUUGUUGAGAAUAAGUAGUUGAAAAGUGACUGUCCAUUGGAGAUUGGUUUAUAUCUACCAGUACAAAGAAAAGAAUUUGCAGGAUUUAUAAGGUAAAGAAAGCUCUAUCUUAGUACCGCUAACAGAGCCUGCAAGUCAUAAGCUUGAAACCAUUUCUGGUUAACUAAAUUCCAUCACCAUGUUAUAACGUGCAGUUUUCAUAGUGUUGGAUCACUUUUUAUGCUCGAGGGUGCAUGAACUAUCACUUUUUUCUUCCA